GCAUGAACGCGGCCGUCCGCGCCGUGGUCAGGGUUGGCAUCUACACAGGUGCCAAGGUCUACUUUGUGCAUGAGGGCUACCAAGGGCUGGUGGAUGGUGGAGACAACAUCAAGGAGGCCACCUGGGAGAGCGUCUCCAUGAUGCUGCAGCUGGGGGGCACCGUCAUCGGCAGCGCCCGCUGCCAGGACUUCCGCACCCGCGAGGGCCGCCUGAAGGCCGCCCAGAACCUGGUGAAGCGCAGGAUCACCAACCUGUGCGUCAUCGGCGGCGACGGCAGCCUCACCGGCGCCGACACCUUCCGCGCCGAGUGGAGCAGCCUCCUGGCCGAGCUGCAGAAAGCAGGGAGCAUCACGGCGGAGGAGGCGAAGCUCUCCAGCUACCUGAACAUCGUGGGCAUGGUCGGCUCCAUCGACAACGACUUCUGCGGCACCGACAUGACCAUCGGCACCGACUCCGCCCUGCACCGCAUCAUGGAGAUCGUCGAUGCCAUCACCACCACGGCGCAGAGCCACCAGAGGACCUUCGUGCUGGAGGUGAUGGGACGCCACUGCGGCUACCUGGCGCUCAUCACCGCCCUGGCCUGUGGGGCCGACUGGGUCUUCAUCCCUGAGUCCCCCCCGGAGGACGACUGGGAAGACCACCUGUGCCGCAGGCUCACCGAGACCCGCCUGGGUGGCUCCAGGCUGAACAUCAUCAUCGUGGCCGAAGGAGCCAUCGACAGGCACGGCAGGGCCAUCACCUCGGAGGACAUCAAAACCCUGGUGGUGAAGCGCCUGGGCUACGACACUCGAGUCACCAUCCUGGGCCACGUCCAGCGCGGGGGAACCCCCUCGGCCUUCGACCGCAUCCUGGGCAGCAGGAUGGGGGUGGAGGCGGUGAUGGCCCUGCUGGAGGGCACCCCGGACACCCCUGCCUGCGUGGUCAGCCUGUCCGGGAACCAGGCUGUGCGGCUGCCGCUGAUGGAGUGUGUGCAGGUGACCAAGGAUGUGACCACGGCGAUGAACGAAGGACGCUUCGAAGAUGCCCUGAGGCUGAGGGGCAGGAGCUUCCAGAACAACUGGAACGUCUACAAGCUGCUGGCACACAUCCGCCCGCCCUCCACCAAGAGUGGCCACACCCUGGCAGUGCUCAACGUGGGGGCUCCGGCCGCUGGCAUGAACGCAGCUGUGAGGUCCACCGUGAGGAUUGGCCUCAUCCAUGGGCACCGCAUGCUGGCCGUGCACGACGGCUUCGAGGGGCUGGCCCUCGGCCAGGUGGAAGAGAUCAGCUGGGAGAAGGUCGGCAGCUGGAUAGGGCUGGGAGGCUCCAAACUGGGGACAAAGAGGACUUUGCCCAAGAAAUACUUCGAGGAGAUCAGCAACAACAUC